GUGAUGUGUCUCCAGGGUUCUUUCUGAAGCUCUCCGAGUUCUCCUUGGCAGCCGGCACAGACGAGUUCUCACAGAUUUCAGAGGUGGAGGGUUUGGGCAGAAGUCCCAGCCACGCUGCUCUUGCUUGCUUUCUUUUCUUUUCUUUUCUUUUUUUAAACUGCAGAGGAGGAAAUCGUUUUGAGUCAACAGGUGCUCCACUUUGGCCCUGUGACAGAAGUCAGACGGAAACCGUUUUUUGAAAUGUAAGCAUCGAGGGUGCGCAAGGGAGGAGGGAUCAGCGGCGAGAGGAGAGCUUUCUGUUCCACUCAGGGGCCGUGUGCUAUUUUGAGACAUUCUUGCCAAACAGCAUGUGAACGUAAAGAGAUUUCUUCUUCUUCUUCUUCUGUUUUGUCCUCCUCAGACUCGACCAGAGACCACCAAGCACAACUUCAGCACACUGACACCAUGCUUACCCUGGAGGUCAAGUCGGCUCUUUUCUUGCUUUCACGAGUGGCUCCACGAUGAACGACUCCAACGGUGGGAACACCACGACAAGUUAUCCCUACACAGGGAUCCGUCUGUUGGCUUCUGUCAGCUCCUUUGUGCUCCUGGCGUUCUUCAACUUGGUCAUCAACUACACCAUCCUGAGCGUGGAGAAGCUGCGUAACCAGGCCCGCUUCGUGCUCAUCUUCCACCUGCUCUUCUCUGGGUUGGUUUAUUUUGGGAUGAGCAGCAUCUUCUACCUGCAGAGCUACCUGGCCUGGCAGGUGCCUAAGGGGUUUUGCUUUGCUCUCAUUACUGGCUUGAUGACCAGUGCCUCCAGCAUCCUCCUAACUUUGACAUUCAUGGCCUUGGACCGAUACUGUGCCAUCUGCUUUCCUCUCAAAUACAGUUCUUUGAGCCAAGGGUAUCAACCGUGGAUUACAGGGCUGCUCGCUUGGAUUCUGGCACUGCCCAUUCCUCUGUGGCUGGUGCUCAAGGAGAACAAGAACUUCUGUGAUUUGGCUGCAAAACCGAAAGGAGGGGAGGUGGUCAAGAUCCUGCUGGUCACUUGCUGCAGCCUCCUCAUCCUCUUCACCUAUGUCCAGAUUUUUCGGGAAGGGAGAAGGCUGGGGGUUUUGAACAGGCGCAACCGGAUCGGCACACGGACAAUCAGUAUGCAUGGCUUACAGCUGGCAGUGUAUAUCCUGCCCAAUUUUGUGAACUUCAUCAUUUACACGCUGAGCAGCAAAAACCAGGACCUCUUUAAAGGCAUCAACUAUACCUUCUUCAGCUUCGCUCAGUGCAUUAGCCCUGUGAUUUAUGGGCUGCGGAAAGAGGAGCUGUGUGAGCAGCUACACCUCAAAUUUCCCUGCAUGGUGAACAACCUCAAGGCGUUUCUGGAAUGGACCGCUAGCACCAAGAAGCACUGCUUCCGACAGCAGGAAUACUCGCAGCCACAGAAUGGGAGCAGCGUCUGAAUGGCACUGAUGGGGCACUAGUGGGCCAAGCAGCAGAACCUGGGCUGAAAUGAAAAAGGUGCAGAUCAGUCAAAAAUGUGAAGGAGCAAAGUAGGUGGACCUGACCUGGAAUGCAGAGGGUGCAAACAUCUGAAAUCAGUCAAAAAUAUGAAGGAGCCAAGUAGGUGAGAUCAACCUGGAAUGGGAAAAUGGGAGAGAAAAGGGCCAAGCAGGUGAAGCUGGACAUAAAGACAAAGGGGUCAAGCAGAUGAAGCCGGACUGGAAUAUAAAUGUAUUUGUCUGAAUUUCUGUCACUCUGAGCUGGGGACAUAUCAGAAGUAUGGGGGCUUUUUUAUUAUCUUGAGUAAACAGCACUAAUGCGUCUUCUUUUAUUUAUAAAGACAGUCAAACUGAAUAGGAACACUGAGCCUUUCUUCAAAAACACUUGGACAUUUGUUAUGUGUUAAGAAUCCGUAUGUAUUAUAUACAUGAUAAAAUACAGGUGUUUCCAAAA